AUAUGCUCGUUCUGAAGCGCUUAAGCAGGAAACAGAGGAAGAAGGAAGAUUCGUACUUCUCACACGGAUUUAGACUGAUCAUCUGAUCAGCGUGUGCUGAGAUCCUCAAAGAUGCUGGCUAAAGUGGGAGAAGCUGAGCUGCAGAAAGGGGCAAAGAAGAGGAAGCUCAUGGCUGAAGAUGGAGAAAGAGGAGAGCAGAAGAAGAGACAUUAUGAGGAAAAAAAGAGACCAAAAGCUCGGGGAGACGGUGGAAGGAACAGACUGGAUGCUCUGAGUGUUGGCUACUUCCGCCGAGUUGGAGAAAGACUGAGCGAAGGCUUUGAAGAUGACGAGGAGAGAGAGAUGUUUGUGAAGAACGUCCUCACUGAGGUCAAAGGUAAAGCCAGCCUGGUGGCAACAGACCAGACAGGAAGCAUCACGCUGGAGCGGCUGCUUCAGCUGUCCAGCCCAGAGCAGGUCGGCGAGGUGCUGGCUGAACUGGGGGGGGAAUCGGGGUCUGGAUUUAAGGAGGUUUCCUGCGAUCGCUGUGGAGGCCACGUUGUGGAGAGCGCACUCAGACAGAUGUCCAGAUGGGAGGAGUUUUCACAGAAGGAUCCAUCCAAAUCAUCAGAAGAUGCUGAUGAUGAUGAUGAGGAGGAGGAGAGUUCUGGGGUGUUGGAGACCCAGGUGUUGUUGUUAAGUCAGGCGGUCAGAGAAAACAGCGCAGAGUUCAUCAGGCACAUCCACGGGACGCACGUAGUCCGAACGCUCUUACACGUACUGGGGGGCUGCGUUGGACCGCCGCGCACUGAAACCCAUCCAGGUGGAAAAGAGCAGAGAGCCGCCCCUCAGCUGACAGACUUUGAGAUUCCCACCUCAUUCUGGUACGAGCUGAAGAGCCUCACCGAGACCCUGAUGGAAAAUAUUAAUCUGAGUGUUACGGACGCCAUUUCCAGCACAGUUUUCCAGACCAUGUUGACCGUGUGUCACAGAAAACGGCCUAAACUCUGCAAGCAGCUUCUGAAGCGCACCAUGGAGUACCUAACGAGCCGCAGCUCUGCCCCUGGGGUCAGUCCACUGCUGGUCUUCCUGAAGGACCAGGCCUCCAGUCGCCUCAUAGAAACAAUUAUUCAGCUAGCUCACUUAUCUCUACUCCGUGAUCUCUAUAAGAACCACCUGAAGGGUAGUUUGGUUGACCUUGCCCUUCACCCAAUCGCCAACUUCCCCAUCCAGAGGCUGACAGCAGCUUCAGCCAAAUAUAAACUGUUCCUGAAGCUGUUUAACGAGAUGAUCCAGGGCAUGGAGGCCGUCUUGGCUGCGGGUCACAUGGGCGUGAUUGUCCAGUUAGCAGAAAGCUGCGCAGAAAGUGGAGAAAGGCAGGAUGAAAUGAUGCGGUGCCUUCUGAAUGCCUUCCACUGCGCUGAGCCGGGCUCUCGACAUGUCUGCUGCCUGCCACUUUUUAUGUCUUUGCUCACCUAUGAGGUGUAUUACCAGUCUGAUACAACAGAGGGCAGCACACAGAAAGAGGUUCCACUGACCUCCAUCUGUUACCAUGGCUCCCGGCUGGUCCAAGCACUGGCCAAGUUUAAGGAGCGCUCACACCUUCUCAGCAGCCUGCGCACUCUGAGCCCCUCUGACCUCCUCACUAUGGCCUGCAACCCCUUCGGUAGCCAUGUCCUGCAGGCCCUCAUCACCACAUCCAGUGACAAAGGCAGGGGCAAGAUCCUCAAGAGACUGGAGGGCCAGUAUCUGCAGAUGGCCUGCUCCAAAGUAGGCAGUCGAAUGCUUGAAGCCGUGUGGAACUGUGCUUCUCUCAGCCAGAGACAAAGCAUCGCUCAGGAACUUGUCUCCAGUGAAAGUAAACUGCGGUCGGAUCAGUUUGCUCGUCAUAUUUGGGCAAAGUUUGCCCUCUCCCAUUUUGCACACAGGAGAGCCCACUGGCAAGAAAUCCAGACAGGAGAGUCCAAGAAACGGAAGCUUUUCUGUGACUUUCUUGAAUAAAAAUAAAAUAACCUUCAGAUUGGUUUGCUUGAUUAAUAAAAAUAUAUUUGGACUUA